AUUAAGAACUCUUGCCCUGGUCUUAUUGUACUGCGCACCUUCGUUCAUCACUCCGAUUCCGAUCAGGAAACCUCUCUUAAACCCUAAAUCAUGAGACGAGCUUUACUCAACAAAAUCCCUAUUCAUUAUCUCCGAACCUCUCCUCAAUCAUCUUUUACAUCGAAUCCGAAAAUCAUUAACACACCCUUGACUAGCUUUCGAUCGAAGAUUAGAUUCUUUUCAACCGAAAAUGAGAAUCCACCCACAGACAAAUUGAACCCUCCUUCAGAAACAAGCAGCAUUGUUCCACCGCCAACGAAGGAACUAGACGUCCAGGAUGUCAGCAAUAAAGAGCUGAAAACACAGAUCGAGAAGUACUUUAAUGACAAAGAUGAAGAGGCUCUGCCUGCUGUUUUUGAAUCAAUAAUCCGGAGGAAGAUGGCAAGAAAGCAUGCAGACACAGAUGAUGAACUACUGGACGAGUUUCAAAUGCGCCCAAUUGAUGGUGUCAAUGAUAAAGAAUUCGAAUCAGAUUUUGAAGAAAUACAUGAAACAGAUGAGGAGAUUGAUAAUCUGUAUAGCGCCAAAGACAUUGUAACAAAACGAAUGACAAAAAAUGAGUUCUUUUACAUGGAUGACAGAAAAUGGGAAGGCAUGAUCAAAGAAGCUACUGAUAAUGGUUACAUUAAAGACACCAAAGAGUGUGAGCAGAUACUACAAGACAUGUUCAUGUGGGAAAAUCUCCUCCCAGAUCAUUUGAAGAAACUGGUGGAAGAGAAAUACAAUGAGAUAGCAGAUAUGGUUGAAAGUGGAGAGAUUGAAGCUGAACAAGGUUAUGAGAUGUAUCAGGAGUUUGAGCAUAAUAUGCUCAUGAGACAUAGUAAGGAGAUAGAAGAAGCGGGUCCCCCAAAGUUUGAUGAUAUAUCUAAGGUAGAGAAGAAGGAUGAAGACGACCCUCCGGGUGAAGGGCCUGUGCUGAGGUGGCAAACACGGGUUGUGUUCGUUCCAGGUGGCGAUUCAUGGCACCCGAAAAACAGAAAAGCAAAAUUGGGUGUGACUGUGAAAGAGCUUGGGCUUUCAAAGAAUCAGUUCAGGAGACUAAGGGAAUUGGUUGGGAAAAGAUAUAAUCCAGGGAAAGAUGAACUUAUAAUAACCAGUGAGAGGUUUGAACAUCGUGAGGAGAACAGGAAGGAUUGUCUGAGGACAUUAUUUGGGCUGAUUGAGGAGGCUGGAAAAGCUGAUAAGCUAGUUGAUGAUGCAAGAACUUCAUAUGUGAAGAAUAGACUUAGAGGUAAUGAAAAGUUCAUGGAGAAGUUGAAUGCCAAGAUCAUGAGAAGGAGAAACCAAGGAUCUAAAUCCUUGAAUGUUUGAUCACACAAAGAGAAGCGUAUUUCUAGAUAAUGAAGAGCUGUUUGUUUACCCUUUUGUUCUUUUGUUAAUCCAAUGAACCAGAAAGAAGAUGUGUCUUUUUGGGUUGUAUACGAUAAAUUGAAAUUUUGUUUGUUAUGCAUUGAGUUUAGCCUUUCUAACACAUGAUAGGGAGGUAUAGUUGAAUUUUAAACCAUAAUAUUGUAUCAUGUAUGUUCAUGUUCAUGCAUGAAACACUUCCAUCU